AGGAUUUCUGCGGGUGGCAAGUAAUAAAGCCAGCUAUUAGAAAGAAGAUGCCGGAGGGUAAGGCACCUCAUUUCCCGCAACAGCCGGUAGCUCGACAAAACGAUGAUGGAUCAUUGGAACUGGAAUGUUUUUUAGAAGCUCAACCAAUCCCGGAUAUUAAGUGGUUUUAUGAUACAACCGAACUAAAACAAGACCAACGAUUCAGUUUCCGACUGGAUAACAAAGGAAACGAUGCUUACUCAGCCAUCUUACAAAUCAAGGAUCUUGCUGACAGCGAUGCUGGAGCUUAUCGAUGUGCUAUUGUAAAUCCACACGGGAAGGGGAACGCUAAUUUUAACCUCAAACUUACAGGAUUCAGCGCGCCAACGUUUGUCGAAAAACCACAAAUAUCAUCUCGUGACGAUGGUCAAGUAAUGGUUAUGGAAUUCAGAGCAAAAUCAAUUCUUAAACCUACUUUCGUCUGGCAAAAGGGGGAAGAAAUCGUAGCUGAAUCGGAUCGAGUGAAAAUUGUCCUAAGAGAAGAAGCUAAUCAAACAUAUUAUGCUGCUCUGGAAAUCAAAGAGCCGACGAAAGAAAAAGAUGCGGGCCAAUUUGUCUGCACAGCAAAGAAUGAAUCUGGAAAAUUAACAGCCACUUUCACUGUUAAAUUUGAAGUGCCGCAAGGAGCUCCGACCUUUACUCGUAAACCACAGAUUUUGCAAAAAACAUCAGACUCUGGUGAUCCAGCCAUUGUUUUUGAUAUUGGAUUCCAAGCUGAUCAAAACCCAGAGGUCAUUUGGUUAAAUCCAAAAGGCAAGAAAAUGAAGGAAUCAAGUCGUAUAAAGUUUGGAUUAACACCUGAUGGUGGUGCAAACACGUUCACUGCUCAAUUGGAACUGAAAAAUUAUAAAGCAAAGGACAGUGGUACAUAUACCUGCAAUAUUAAGAAUGAAGCUGGUGAAGCAAACGUUGAAUUGACGUUGAACAUCGAAGGUGAUGAUGAUGGAAGCAUGACAGAUUGAUGUGCAUUGAAUCUAAUAUGUAACCAUGUGUUGUACCAUUUCUCAAGUGCAGUAUAUCGUAUCAAAUCCUGUUUGCCUGCUAACUUGUUCACCAUUAUAACAAUCAACAAGACCCUUAGACGAAGGGGCAGAUGAUGCUAGCGAAGCGUAAAAUGGACAAGUUCUAGAUGGUUAACAAGAUGCCGGAUCCUAUGAACAGCAAAAAGUCUGCCACAGAAGUUUCUUGAUACCGCUGGAUCUUUUUCCAUUAAAUUUGCGUUAUCUUUAUAUUUCUUUAUAUUUCAUAAAGAGUUUUUGUUUGUAAAAUGAAGGUAAUGUAAUGGUGCCAGUAUUUGUUGCUAACUUUGUUUUUCCACUCUCGAUGGAUAUUCCAUUUGUUUGGAUAUCGAGCAACCAAUUCUCGCCCACAUGCAUUAUCAUUUCGCAUUAUCGAAUAUUAAUUGCUAUUAUUAUUAUUAUAAUAGUGUUCGCUUUCGUAUACUCAAAUAUAAUGCCGUCCUCUGUCAAACAUUUUUGCAUUCAGAAUAUUUCGGUUUAGUCAAGUGAUCUAUCUCGAAAUCAUUCAUAAGCAGUCGCAUUCCUGAGAUUGCUUAAUUUAAAAGAUGUUCGAGCAGCUAUGUUUCUCACCGGUUUUCAACCCUAAAUUAUGCCAUUUCAUCUUCUAAUUGCUUAAUUUUUCUAAUCCGCAAGAAUUAAACUACCAAAAGAAUUUUAUAGUCAUUGUUAAAUGAAGUGCCUUGUCCAGAUUAUGUUCGAAACCUUUCUUCGCUUUCAUAUGCUUCCAAAAUCCUAUUAUUAAGUCAGUUUAUUUCCUCGCAGUGUUCUGGUCUCCGAUAAAACAAUUCUGAUGAUGGCAUAUUUUAAAUAGCGUUCAAUACGCCAAUUGUAUUUGCUCAUAUGUGCAUGAUGAGAGAGAAUAAAAAUGUUGAGUUUUGAGUUUGAUUCUUCUUUGCUUCCUG